AUGCCCGGCUCGCCGUUGUUCAGGCGCGAGUCGAGCUCUCCUGAACCCCCUCCCGCCAAGCGCCAGCGCUUCUUCGCCUCGGACGACGAGUCGUCCUCCCCCGCCUCCGACCCUCGCCCUCAGCCCGAGCCCACCACCCUCACCCUCGACUCGAGCGACGCAGAAGGCUCGCACGCCGGCCCUUCAAGCUCGGCCGACCCGGCGCAGCGUGCGCGCAGGGCCAAAGGUCGCCAGGUCGACUGGGACUCGCGCUACUUCGGCGAGGUCUUUGUCGAGGGCUUCGCGCUCGCCAGCUCGAACGCGUUCGUCAAGCUCAAGCCGGGCGAGCCCAUCACCUUGCACCGCCUCAACCCGCACCUCGCCAACUCGACCACGACGUCGGCCGCCGCCGCCGCGUCCAAGCAGAAGAAGAACAAGAAGCUCGAGAACGACGUCGUGCGGUACCUCAACGCCAAGGGCGUCGAGGUCGGCCGCAUCUCGCGCGACGACUCGGCCUGGCUCGCCAAGCUCCUCGACCACGACCUGCUCGACGUCAAGGGCUACUGCGUCGCCUGUCGCGACAACUUCCGCUCCGGCGACGACAUGCAGCUGUCGCUCUCGAUCUCGCUCGCCAAGUCGGCUUUCACCGACCCGAACACGGCCGCACCCGAGCCCGUCUCGCACCUCACCUCGGUCGUCGGCAAGAAGGGCUUCCUCGACGACCUGCGCGAGACGGACCGCGAGAAGCUCCUGCGCGAGCGCAAGAAGGCGCUCAACACGCUCUUCGACAAGGCCGACCUGCAGCCGUACGUCGAGGACGGCAGCGCGCCGACGGGCACGCAGAGCAAGCGGGCCAUGUUGAGCCGCAUGGAGAAGGGCAAGGGCAAGGCGGGACCGAGCGGGAGCGAGGACGAGGAGGACGAGAUGAACGAGAUCCAGCUCAACCUCGUCUACUCGAAGGCGAUCAAGAACGACUCGAGCCUGCCCGAGCGCGACCCGCCCGAGACCUUCUCGCUCACCCUGCGUCCUUACCAGAAGCAGGCGCUGCGCUGGAUGGCGGCCAUGGAGACGGGCGAGGAGCAGGCGCGCAAGAGCCUGUCGAUGCACCCGCUGUGGGAGAAGUACCUGUUCCCCGGCAGCAAGGACCCGAGCGACUGCUUCUACUACAACCCGUACAGCGGCGAGCUCUCGCUCGACUUCCCGAAGGCGUCGACUCACUGCCGGGGCGGUAUCCUCGCCGACGAGAUGGGCCUCGGCAAGACGAUCAUGGUCGCAUCGCUCAUCCACACCAACACGGCGUGGAACGCGCAACCGCCUGUCGAUGAAGGAGAAGGCGCCGGCGCCGCCAACUCGGACUCGGACGACGACCAGCAAGCGAUCAAGCCCUCGCGGACCCAGUCCCGUCUCGGCGCCACCUUCACCAAGGCCGCGCCGUCCUCAUCCUCGUCCACGACCGUCGCCGCCAAGGGCAAGCGCCCCAAGCUCAAGGCGGGCACGCCACGUGCGACGCUCGUCGUCGCGCCCAUGACCCUGCUCAGCCAGUGGUGCGACGAGCUCGAGCGCAGCAGCAAGGGCCGCAAGAUGCGCGUCGUCAUGUACUACGGCAACAAGCGCGAGAGCGGGUCCGACCUCAUGCGCGACAUCGACGAGGGCGUCGACGUGGUCGUCACGAGCUACGGUACCCUGUGCUCCGACUUCAAGCAGAGCGGCCUCGACGCGUCGGACAAGAAGGCCAAGGCGGGCGAGGGCGACGACGUCAAGCCUGGGUCGUCGAAGGGCAAGGGCAAGGACGGCAAGGGCAAAAGCGGCGCCGACAAGAAGAAGAAGCAGAAGCUCAAGGGCCUGUACGCCAUCGAGUGGUUCCGCAUCGUUCUCGACGAGGCGCACCUUAUCAAGUCGCGCACGACGCUCAACGCCAAGGCGAGCUACGCCCUGCGCGGCGCCCGUCGCUGGGCCCUCACGGGCACGCCAAUCGUCAACCGCCUCGAGGACCUGUACUCGCUCCUGCACUACAUCCAGCUCGAGCCCUGGGGCGAGUCCAUUCCCACUUUCGUCACGGUGCCGUUCCAGAACAAGGACCCUCGCGCCAUCGAGGUCAUCCAGGUCAUCCUCGAGAGCAUCUUGCUCCGCCGCGAGAAGAAGAUGCGCGACAAGGACGGCAACCCGAUCGUCGCGCUCCCCGAGAAGCACCUCAACAUCGCGCACCUCGACUUUACCGACGACGAGCGCAUCAUCUACGACGCCCUGUUCCGCAACGCCAAGAGCCGGUUCCUCGGCUACGCCGCCGAGGGCUCGGUCCUGCAACACGUCACGGCCAUCUUCUCGAUCCUCAUGCGCCUGCGCCAGGCCGUCCUGCACCCGUCGCUCGUCCUCAAGCGCCUCAAGGAGAACCUGCGCGCCCAGGGCAUCAAGCGCGCCGUCGUCGACAGCGAGCUCGCCGACGAGCACGAGGACGUCGCCAUCGAGCGCCUCAUCGAGCGGUACAUGCGCGGCGCCAAGAGCGGCAAGGAGGCCGAGAGGGCCAUCGAGGAGCUGCUCGAGCCUAAGGGCGAGGUCGAGGGCGAGGGCGAGUGCAUGCUCUGCAUGGAGCCUGUCGAGGUGCCCGUAUGGCUACCGCACUGCGAUCACUCGGGCUGCAAAGGCUGCGUCCUGCAGCACUUUGUCGACUGCCAGGACGCCGGCGAACCUGCUCGCUGCCCCGUCUGCUCGGCCGGGCCGCUCUCCGAGCGCGAGCUCGCCGCCCUGCAACACGCCGACGGCUCUCGUCCGACCGGCGGCAGCAACUCGCAGGCCGACAAGGGCAAGGGCAAGAAGGCGGCCUACACGGUCGAGACGGUCUCGACGUCGUCGCCUGGCUCGACGGCCUCGACUCGCGAGGUCCUCACCCUGCUCGACUCAGACGACGAGGACGGCGUCAAGACGCCGAGCCCGAAGAAGAAGGAGAUCGUCCAGAUCACGCUCGACUCGAGCAGCGGCGAGGGCAGCAGCGACGAGGACGGCGACGAGUACGAGCCGAGCCCGCCGCCACGCUCGGCGCGCGUCGACGAGGACGACGAGGACGACGAGGACGAGGACGUCAAGAUGGGCGUGCUCGACAGCGGCGACGACAGCGACGCCGACAAGCCGUCGACUCGCAGCGCCCUCGCGUCGACCGACUUCCGCUCGUCGACCAAACUCGACGCGCUCGUCAAGUCGCUCGCGGCGGCCAAGGCCAAGGACCCCGGCCUCAAGGCGGUCGUCUUCUCGCAGUUCACCGGCUUCCUCGACCUCAUCGAGCGCGUCAUGAACCGCGACGGCUUCAACUACCUCCGCCUCGACGGCGCCAUGACGCAGGGCGUGCGCCAGAAGGUCGUCCGCAAGUUCACCAAGAGCGACCAGUCGAUCAUCCUGCUCGCGUCCCUCAAGGCCGGCGGCGUCGGGCUCAACCUCAUCGCGGGCGACCACGUCUACCUCAUGGACACGUGGUGGAACAGCGCCGUCGAGAACCAGGCGAUCGACCGCAUCCACCGCUUUGGCCAGACGCGCGAGGUCUACGUCACUCGCUUCCUCAUCAAGCGGUCGAUCGACGACAAGAUGAUCGCGCUGCAAGAGCGCAAGACCAAGGUGAUCCAGGGCGCGCUCGGCGGCAACAAGGACAAGGACAAGAAGCAGCUCGCCGAAGACCUCGCGCUCAUUUUCGAGGAGGACUGAGCGGGCGAGGGACGAGGAGCAGGAGGCGCAGUAGCUUGAGACGAGUGCACAGCAUGUUUUCUCGGA